UUUUUGGCAAGCUGCAGUCGGCUUUGCAGAUGCCAUGUUUGAGCAGUGAGCAUGGCGGAAAAUCAUCUGGAGUACGGCUACCUGGAGGGCGAGUCCAUCGUGGAGCAUUUCGCCGAGGACCCAGAGUUGGCGGCCAUCAAGGCCAGAGUUCAGGAGCUGGAGAUGGAAGAAGAGACAGAAAGGCUGAAGGAGGAGGAGGAAAGAUGUGAUGCUGCAGAGAUGCAGCUUCUGACCAGCAGCCCGCGGCCUGGGCCUUUCUACAAUAUGACUCCUGAGGAGAGGAUAGAUGCAGACAACAGAUCUGUCUAUGUAGGAAAUGUAGACUAUGGAGCUACUGCCGACGAGUUGGAGAUCCAUUUUAACGGCUGUGGUCCCGUCAACCGAGUGACCAUCUUGUGCGACCGGUUCACCGGCCACCCCAAAGGCUUUGCCUACAUUGAGUUCUCAGAUCGUGACUCUGUGCAGAGUGCUAUUGGUUUACACGAGACCUUGUUCAGAGGAAGAGUCCUUAAGGUAAUGCCUAAGAGGACUAACAUGCCAGGGAUCAGCACCACAGACAGGGGAGGGCACCGAGGUGGCCACACCAGAGGCAGAGGACGGGGCUUCCGUCCACCCCGAUACCAGAACAGCUCUCGGGGCAGGUUCAGGUACCAGUCAACCAGACCACAACACCAAACACCCCACCCUUACUAUGGAGGCCCAUCAGUGGGGAAGAGACAGUGGGGAAACAUGGAUUACCAUGAACAGAUGCCUAAACGUUACCCAUGUCUUCUCCUCAUCACCCCACCAUCAGAGGAGUUGGGGGCAGGGUCGAGUGGACAGCAUUACCCCCAGCAGCGCUAG